UCCUUCUCUCUGCUCCCGUGUCCUCCUCUCCAGGAUGGCGGAAGCCGAGUUGCACAAGGAAAGGCUCCAAGCCAUCGCAGAGAAAAGGAAAAGGCAGACAGAAAUAGAAGGCAAGAGACAACAGCUUGAGGACCAGAUACUUCAGCUGCAGCAUUUCAAGUCAAAAGCUCUUCGGGAAAAAUGGCUGCUACAGGGAAUUCCUGCUGGCUCUGCAGAAGAGGAAGAAGCCAGAAGGAAGCAGUCAGAAGAGGAUGAGCUGAAGGUGAAAAAGCUGGAAGAGAACAUACACAGGCUGGAACAAGAAAUACAGAAAUUAGAAAGUGAGGAAUCUCAGAUAUCUGCCAAAGAACAAAUCAUUUUGGAAAAGCUAAAAGAGACUGAGAAGUCCUUCAACAGCUUGCAAAAGGGUUUCUCACAGCAGGAUGGUGAUGCAGUAAAUUACAUUUACUCCCAGAUCCCUGAACUCCCAACCCUCUAUUCACGAACAGCAGAGCCAGUUCCCGGGUGGGACGGAGCAAGCAGAGUAGCUGGCGCAGGAGGAUCGGAUUUGGUAUCGAGGGACCCGCUGGGAUCAUGCUCCUGUGAGAGUCUCAAAGCCAAAGAGGGUGCAGGGAAAUCUUCUAGAAUCCCUGAGGAUGACAUCAGGUUGAGAAAAAACAGAGACCAACACUGUGCCAAUUUCUUGGAGUCAGCUACUGUGCUUGCUACAAAGGAAGAUAAAAUGGAAAUUGAAGUUCCAGUUUCUGAACACAAAAGCAUCACCACAGUGGCUUCACCAGAUCCCAUAGACAAUCCAAGCCACUUUUUUUCCCCUGCUGCCAGCCACAAUGGACUUAAGGACAGGCAUGAAUCUCUGGACAGUGAAGUUGCUAAAGAGAUCAGAUACCUAGAUGAAGUACUGGAGGCAAAUUGCUGUGAUUCUGCUGCAGAUAAUACCUUCAAUGGGAGCUCCUCCCCCGAACCAAGUGCAGUCACCAUUAUGGAUGGCUCAGGAGCAUCUGUUAACGUCAGCAAUGAUUCAAUACCCUGUGGAAGGGAAGCAAAUGUAGUUGACAAGCAGACACCUUUGGUAAUUGAACCAUUGAAAGCUAGCGUAACAGAUGAGAACCUGAAAUCUAAUGGCCAUUCCUUGAGUGGACUGAAAGAAGACACUAGGGAGAAUCUGAAGGUGCCAGGAAGUCCCACUUCUUCAAACAGUUCUAGGAGAUCCUCUAAGGAUGGAGAAACAACUCUUACAACCCUUAAGAAAGAGGCAAAGUUUGAACUACGAGCCUUCCAUGAAGACAAAAAGCCCUCAAAGCUCUUUGAAGAUGAGGAAGAGAAAGAAAAAUACAGAGUUCGCAAAGUGAGACCGUCAGAGGAAAUGAUGGAACUUGAAAAGGAAAGAAGGGAACUCAUCAAGAGCCAGGCUGUCAAGAAAAACCCCAGCAUUGCCGCCAAAUGGUGGAACCCUCCCCAAGAGAAGACCCUGGAGGAUCAACUGGAUGAAGAGCAUCUGGAGUCCCACAAGAAGUACAAGGAGCGCAAGGAGAGACAACAGCAGCAAGGUGCAACACCAGCAUCCCCUAAACAGGUCAGCUGCUCCUUUGCACCACCAGAGCCAGUCAAUACCAAGAAAGAGGAUAUUGUCACAGAGCAAAUUGACUUCUCAGCUGCCAGAAAGCAGUUCCAGCUGAUGGAGCAUUCAGGUCCAUCUCAGAGUCAGAUCCCACCAAGACGGUCAGGAACACCCAAAAUGUUCUCCAUCAAACCCUUCUACAAAAGCCUCAAUCCUUCACAUGCAGACAGACCGCUGUCCUCUGUGACAAGACCUGUUUCAGUGUGUGGGCAAGCAGGACAGCUUGAGACUAACAAUGGCACUGUUGUCAAAGCACAGAAGGUUUCCUGUACUUCAGAAGAUGAUGCAAGUGCUCAGACUACCACUACUGAUCCAGUGAGAGACUUACCAUGCAGUGAUAGCCCCAAAGCUGGACAGGCCUCAAAAUUGUGGGCGGAGGAUGGAGAAUUCAUGAGUGCAAGAGCCAUUUUCACGGUGGUGAAAGAUGAUGGACAGGGAGUGCUAGACCAGUUCUCAAAGUCAGGCAGUGCCUCUUCCCCUCCUGAGGAGCUUGACUCUGGUUUGGAUGACUUGUCUGUCAGGUCACAGGAUACCACUGUCUUGGAGACCCUUUCCAAUGACUUCAGCAUGGAUAACAUCAGCGACAGUGGUGCCUCUAAUGAGACCAUGAGUGCCCUACAGGAAAGCUUGCUGGCCGAUUUCUCCCUGCCACAGACUCCACAGGCUGACAUACCAGCAGACUGCAGGGGCAAAGGCAUCUCCAAGUCAUUCAGCGACCCGGGCUGUGACUCGCCCUCCUCUGCUUUGGCAGACUCCAUGCUGAUUGAUGACCAGCUGGAGUACCAUGCUGGCCUACUGGUUCAGAAUGCCAUCCAACAAGCCAUAGCCGAGCAGGCAGAUAAAGCAAGCUGCAAGGAGGAAGAAAUCCCAGCGGAGAAGGAGAUCUCAAUCAAAGAGCAGCCAGCUACCACCAGGCCAACCCUAGUCUCCAAGGCGCAGCAGAACCCAAUGUUUGCUCCACCCCAGGUGUCUUCACCUGUUCAAGACAAAAGGGACACCCUACCAAAGACUUCAAAAGAGGAAGACUCAGGACUCAGGGAAGGGAAGACCUUGCAGCAGUCGCCUGUGUAUUCAGCCAGCCAACCAUUCCUUGUGGAGGAAAACAGGCAUGAAGUCAGCUAUUUCAGCAAGUAUUCAGAGGCAGCUGAGCUGAGGAGCACUGCCUCCAUCCUGGCCACGCAGGAGCCAGAAGUGACUGUGGGUCCUUUCAAGUUACGGUCAAGGAAGCAGCGGACUUUGUCGAUGAUAGAAGAAGAGAUCAGAGCUGCUCAGGAAAGAGAAGAGGAGCUGAAGAGGCAGCGGCAAGGUCUGCAGGUGGCACCAAGCCCUGUUACGAAGAGCGCACCACCCAUGCCCACCAGAACCGUGUCUUACAAAACCGCACCAGGAAAGAUAGAGAAGAUUAAGCCUCCUCCAUCCCCCACUACCGAAGGCCCCCUCUCGCAGUCCGACUCACCGCCUGAGGAACCUGUGGGAGCUCAGCGACCCAAGAACCUGAUGCAGACCCUCAUGGAGGAUUAUGAAACACACAAAACUAAGAGACGAGAAAGGAUGGAUGACAGCAGUGUGCUGGAGGCAACGAGGGUGAACCGCAGGAAGAGCGCUCUGGCACUGCGCUGGGAAGCUGGCAUUUACGCCAACCGGGAGGAGGAUGAGUAGCCAAGCCUUUGCAGUGCGAGGAGAGCAACCAGGCAUGCCGAAACCAAAAAAAAGAUAAAGGAAGAAAAAAAGAAAAAAACCCCAACAAAACAAAAAACCCCACCAUGAAAGCAGAAGCAUUUUAGUCCAAUAUUUAUUAAAUACACAACAAACUUGAUGCACAUAGACACGGAAAUGAUCCAGUUCCUGGCAAUCCUAAAGCAACAGGAAAAGCCCACCUAGAAAAUAACCCCUUCUUCCUUCCAUUCCCCCUCUGAAAUAAUGCAAUUAGGAGGGUGCAGGGGGUGGGAGCCCUCGUGGAGGCACAAGGGGACAGUUGUCCCCAUGGACUGGAGAGGCUGCAGGCAUGUGGCAGGAGGUCGGCGUGGAGGAGCCUGCGGCCAGGGCUUAUGCUGGUGCUUCCUGCUGACUGAAAUGACAGCCCUGCCUCACCCCUGGGACCACCAUCCCCCCAGAAGCUCCUGCCGUUGGAACCCUCCUGCCGUUCCUUCACCUCCCGCAGCCGCUGCACCCAGACCAUCGGUGUCACUUCGGCACACUCCUAUCCAGCCACAACACACAACGAUACUGCCCUCUGUUGCUAUUGCGUUGAGGGGAUUGAAGGGUCAGGUUUGGGAUUGGGGUGGGGGUGGGUUCUGCUCCCCUCUCUAGUAAUUUAUCUGUUGAAAAGGAAAAGAAAAAAGCAAACAGGGAGGCAAUUAUUGCAAACGUACAAUCCAGUAGACUCAGCAAAACAGCCCUUGUGUUGCAAACACAAGCCAUCAUCACCAUUUAGGAGUGGAGUAGAUGGGGAUGAGAGCUAAGCCAAAUGGAUUACCUUAGCUUUAGGAUCCUAUAUGCUUGCAAUAUCACCUGAACUCCGGGUUCUCAGAGCAUAUUUACCUAACAAAUUUCUAAAUAGAAAAUCUGUAUUUAGUGGGUGACAACUAUUUUUUGAUGGCAGGGAGGGAAAAGAGUGGCACAUGUAAAGUCUAUGAAGAUGGAUAAUUUCAAGUAAAAAGGUAGUGGGAAAGGGAUACAAAGAAAAGACAUUUAAUUUUUAAAUGAGGCAAUAAUUGAACUAAGCCAGACUCUGGCCUAGAAAGAGGUAUGAAAUAAAGAAGAAAGGUAGUUAUGUCUUCAACUAUAUAUUUAUACAACAAAAAGCCUUUGAAGUAGAGUGCUUUGUGGAAGUCUUCACGUUUCCAGGCAACAACAAAAAAAGCUACAGGGCAUAAUGAGCUGGAAGGAGUGAGCAAGGAACAGCAGACAAGGGAAAAAAACCAUUCUUUUUGCCGUUCAGCUGGUGUUUUCAGUGCUACAAGCAAACCAUAGAGCCUUUAGUCAUUGUUUAGGCUUGGGAUCAGCAGUGAAGGGUUUGCGUGGAUCUGUGUGUGAGCGUGUGUAUGUGUGCGGGAGUGAGCGCCAGGCUGGCAUACCACAGCGCGUAUGGCAGUGCAUGUUCUGACUGUUUCUCCAGAGCUGUUUACCAGCUGUAGGGGUGAGUGCUAACUUCUUCUUCUUUUUUUUUUUUUUUUUUCUGAAAGGGGAUAUAAAAACAAGGCACUGAGUUAAUGCAGUAUUUGUGAUAUUAAAAUUUGACCCAACAUGGUAUUUGCAUGAGUCACAAUUGCAAAGUAUUGACCAGUUUUGUAAGCUGACAAUUAGGAAAAGAAAUGUGGUAUUUAUUCUUGUGCUUUGUAUUUGUAUGUAGUAUAGAGGCUGCAGGUUUACUCUUUCUUUCAUGCAAGCAAUACAGUAGGAAUAUUUUAGAACUGGGAACCAUAAUUUCUGGACUAGAAACCGACAAGUUUGGGAGGUGACAGAAAAAAAAAAAGACACCGAGCUUUUUUCUAUAUAAAAUACUCUCUCUUUUUUAUAAACAAACAAUUAUUAUUUUCACAUCUUUUUAAAAAAAACAUCAGCCAGGAUGCUGGUCCUCCCUUAAGCCUUUCAUUGGUUUCAUGACCUGCUGUGCUCUUUUAUCCUGAAAUAGUGAGCUUAUUUAAAAUGAGUACCAAUACUGUGAACGUUCUUCUGGUGCUUUUCUUAAACAAACACAGAGCUUGCAACCAAAUUGUUUCCCCUCUACCUUCAGUUCCUCCAGCAUGCGAUUUCUAUCCCUGUACACUCUCAUUUUGAGGCUUAUUUUCAGGAAACUGUAGCAAAUACAAUUAUAUAUACUCUUUAACUCGGUUCUGACAGUUCUCUCCUGAAGUGCUAUUGAACAGAAGAAAACCCUGCUGAAUAGAGUAUUCACUGUGAUAUAAGGGCACCAAGUUUAUCUCAAGGAUGCUCUCUAAACCCAGGUGCAUGGGGAGGCACUGUGCCUGUCAAGAAGUUACCUGCCUAAUCUAUGUGUACCUGCUUCUCUAGGAGGGUUGGACUAGGUGAUCUCUAAAGGUCCCUUCCAACCCUACCAUUCUAUCAUUCUGUGAUUCUAAUGAAGUGGACUUGUUUUUGAGUCAUGGCUAUCGACGGUGAACUGAGGUUGACAUUAACAUCAAAAUGCUGGAAAAGCCACAAGGCCACCACAGGCGGUGUGAGGUCACCCAUCAUGCAGCUGCAUAUGUCAGUGCUUCACACGUGUACCAAGAGGAGUCCUGCGUCCCUCAUGCCCUUGGGGACAGCAGAAGUGAGGCUGGGAAAACAAGGCUUCCUGAGCAGAGGAGACAGUCCCUGUUCCCAGACCAUAGUGAAAUGGUCUUGCACCCCAACAAUACUUUUCUGUGUUUCCCCCAAUGUUUGCUCCCUGAAACUGGGACUCCCAGGAGCAGCCUUCCCCAGGAACCCACAUCUUUAUUUUCUUUAACCUGAAGCCUUGUUUUUCUCCCUGUUCCCUCAGUGAAAGCCAGUGACAUCGAUCACCUGUCUUAAGACAUGUCUUCUUGCUUUGCCACAUCCUCCCCUACUGUCACAAUGAGGCCUCAGUCUUCAAAGUGAAAAUGAAAUUGUUCCUCCAGAAAGAGGCUGUGAUGGUGGGGAGAGACCACGCUCCAGAAGCGUUCACUUUCAGCCUCUGCAACAAAAGCAUUUGCAUGUAUUGGUCCAGGACAGCCAAACUUUCCACUCCACAGUUUUUCUCUUCCAGAAAUUAUGGACACUCGUAGUCAGCAGCACAGAUUCAGUGCUGUAGUAACACGAGUACAAUGCAGUUUACUUGCCUCUCUUAUUUCAUUUGCAUGCUACCAAGCUUAGAUGUUUAUAAGUAUAUGCCAGUAAUACAUAUCUAUCUAUAUAUGACUAUAUCAAAUGCAACAAAAAAGAGCACUAUUGCAGAGUUAACUUUGUCUCCACAGAAGAAACACUUAGAUCCUUUCCCGUGGCAAAGACUGGUUUUAAUGAAACUAUGUAUUGAGAAAUAGUUAAGCAUUAGCAUUUGUGAUUAUAAUCAGUUUUGGGUUACAGUGCAGGUUUUCUGAACAAUUUGUUUUAAAAGCUGCCAGUUUGGGCUUCAUCUUGCGCUGUGCUGAUAUUAUCUGAAGGAAAAUACAGUAGCAUUGACAUGUUGGGCAACCAAAAGGCGGCAUCCUUGUCGUGACUUAUCAACCAGUUUCAACAAUACCUGGCUUUCUGUAUGUUAACCACUUAAGUGUUAUCCUGCUUCUGUUUUAUAGUGACUGUGAGGCCUACAAUGCAAGUAUAUAAUUAUUUUCUCAUUAAAACAGAAACCUGUGUUGUGUUUCUAUAAA